GUGUUGUCACAGUCUCGCUAGAUGAGAUCUGUGACGUCUGGAUUAGUUCCCGGAAGGAAUAAAGAACAUAGACAUUAACGGGCCUGUGGGACUUUUAAACAACGAUUCGGUACUUUGGGCUGAAUACAAUCAGGCCUGUGACUGGGAAAUUGGAUCUGUUAGGAGGUGAAUUAAUAUGUGGCUGCACUGUGGCAGUAACAAACUGUGUCUGCACUGAACAGUUGAUUGCCAUGAGCUGCCAAGGGGACAGCGAGGAGUGCACACCUUCUGCUGCUAAACAGCGCCGUAUUGUGGAGACCGACGGGAAAGCGAAGGGUGCACGAGAUACGCAGGUGAGUCAAGAGGCAGAGGCUGCUCAAACGUUAUUUGAGAUGACAAACUGGAGGGAGGCUGGAGACCAGCGUCAAAAGGGAGGGACAAGCGGCGACCAUCAAGCCAACUUGAUGCUACCCCCUCCUGAGAAUGGCGACGCUGAAGAGCGCAAUGUCAGGCUGCAGAGGUGCACCCCUGAGAGAGGGGACACUGGGGAAAGCCCAAGAGGAACACCGCAUGGCCCCAAGGGAGGAAGAACAGGGGGAAAGCCCCCUAAAUUGUCAAAGCUCAGAGAUGCAGAGGACGCUAGUGACUUUAUAGACCAACACAAGAGUGUACAGCAGGCUCAACGGGGAGCGGAUUUAGAGGAAGAGCCUUCUGUGCUGUCUCCUCUCUCCUCUGAUUCAGAUCAUCGUUCAUGUAGUGAGGGCGACGAGUGCUGCAUUGUUUCUGUUGACACACAGCCUGCCAACACCGAGCAUUCCCUGCAGGCCCUUGAGUCCAUACAGAAGGAGCUGAGAGCGGUAAAUGAGCGAGCUGACCAAGCAUUCCUUCAGCUCAAGAGGCGGUAUGGGCAUUUGAGGCAGCCGCACAUCCAGAAACGUAAUGGCAUCAUUCGCACGAUCCCUGGCUUUUGGGUCACAACUUUUCUCAAUCAUCCCCAGCUCUCUGCUAUGAUCGAUGACCGGGAUGAGGACACCUUAAGUUACAUGAACAAUCUCCAGGUGGAGGAUUUUACACACACGAAAGCUAGCUGCAAGAUCAAAUUCUACUUCAAUCCCAACCCUUAUUUUAAAAAUGAAGCGAUCAUCAAAGAAUUCCAAUAUGGCUCUUCUGGGCGCCUGGUUUCUCGUUCCACUCCAAUCCGCUGGUGGCGAGGACAGAAUCCUGCAUAUCGUGGCAAAUCUAGUGGCUCUGCACCCAGCUUCUUCAGCUGGUUCUCCGACCAUAGCUUCCCUGCAGCAGACAGGAUAGCUGCGAUCAUUAAAGAGGAUUUGUGGCCGAACCCUUUGGAAUAUUAUCUCACUGGAGAAGGAGAGAGUGAUGACAAUGGAGUAGAAGACAGUGGCUCUGACAAUGUCGACGACUGCGUGGUCAUUGUUGACGAUGAUGAAGAAGGGAAGGACGAUGAAGAGGACUACGAGGAAAACGAUAUUCAUGAAAUCUCUGAUAACACAGAGAAGCAAACCGAAGGGACAGAUGGUGAAGAUGAGGAGGAUGAAGAGGUGUUGGAGGAGUCUGUCCACAAGGAAACAGUGGAUUCGACCGGAGAAGAUCACGACUCAGGAAAGAUGUUGCUGGAUCCUGAUGAUUCAGGACAAUCUUCUAUAGGGGAAGAAGAGGUAGAAGAUGAUGAAGAUGGGUAGCUGAGAUUAGGAAAUGCAGGGAAGCCGCUCCACCCCAACUUCCUAGGAAGCAAGGUGAAAAUCAGGUGUGCAGGAAUCACAGUGAGUGCUUCAGCCAGAUAGGAAUAUAGUGAGGCUUCUCCUGGGCAUGGUUCACACUCCUCAGCUCAUGUAGUACAAAUGCUUUCCUGUAUCAUGUAAGCAAUACAAGAGCAAGGUUUAAAUAGAAUGUACGCAUAUUUAAAUAUAUAUUUAAAAUAUAUAUUUAAAAAAAUAUAUAUAUAUAUACACACACACACACACACACACACUUCAUUUUAACCCUUACUUUUUCUUAUCAUGAAGCCCCAAAGGACUUGCUUUCUGAAUAUUUUUAUUGAUUUGUGUAUUAAAGCAGCCCUAUAAGGUAUGACUUUCCUUUUUAAGGAUUGUCUUGGUCUGGAUACUAAGCAAGAGGACCACACCAUGCAAACCUCAAUGUCUUUACCCACCUUAUUAACACAUCUUGAAGCCAUGGUUUAUUUCCAUUAACACAAUAGUAUGUACACUGACUUACUGUGUAUAUAUAUAUAUAUAUAUAUAUAUAUAUAUAUAUGUGUGUGUGUGUUUGCGUGCAUUUAUAGGAAGAGACGUUGGGGUGUAAAGAGAUUGCAUAGCUGUCUGCUGCUAGACUGUGUGGCUUUAUGUGCAGAGCCAGCACUGUAAGUACAUUAAGUUGAGCUUCAUUGGUUUAUUAUAAUCUAUAUAGUUCCGUGCUGAUUUAAAAAAAAUUCGUCUUUUGACAAUGAAAAAAAUAACAUAGUCGAACAUGAGCACAGCGCCCCUUGCUGGCAGAUAUGUGGAAGCCUUAGACUUGGCAGUAAAGCUGCGUAUUUGCUCUCUGCACACAGUAAUGUGAAAUCUAUUAUUUCUCAUAGAAAGCACAGCUCGGUAUUCGCUUAUCCCACACAUAAUCCCACUGGAACGGGAAACAGGGCUAUAUAAUAUCUGUAUUUGGACACAGCUCUGUCCGGUAAGGUCAAAGGCAUUUUUAUUUUGAUGAAGUGCAGAAUCUAUUUUUAUUGACCUCAGUGCAAAUGAGUUGUUGGUGGGGGGGAGGCACAAUCGAAUGGGUUUUACAUCCCCUAAAUAGAUCUGGCAAAUAUCACUUUCAUUUUUUCACGUCUCUUGUAGGUGAAGCUGUUGCUCAUGUGCAGAUCCAAUCAGAAUGGGUGGUUGUUUUGUGUGAAAGGGGGUAAGUGGGGGGGGGGGUUAGUAGGUUAAUGUUUAGUUUUCUGCUGCGUGUCAGUAUAAUUCUCAGGAUUUUAGUGCACUGAAUACAUGUAGCCAUAGGAGAAUUCCAUACGGAACCUAAAUGUCGCAGAUUUUUUUAUUUUUCCGGUGAUAUGAUCUAGUCAGGAAUUUUUGUGAGAGAUAACAAUAGACUCAAUGAUUUGCCCUCCAGCUUUCAAGUCGUGCUGGGAGGUAUUGGUUGAGCUGCUGCUGGAGGGCUGUACAUCCCUGCAUUAGAAUUCCCACUGCCAAAACAAUACACUCCUGAAGGCAGCGUGGGAUAUUUAGUUGACAUGUCAUGUGAUAAAAAUCUCCUUAAGUUUCCCCCAAUCCAGCUCCCAUACUCUCAUCCAACUUUCUUUGCUGUGCUGUUGUCAAUGUACAAUAAAUUUGGGUAUUGGGGAGCACCGACCAUCAGUCAUAGGAGAAUGGUUUGUAGAGUCCGAUAAUUAAUAAUAAAUCACAGGAGAAAUGAAAGAGAACUGACCCAUAUAUCUGCACCUUCCCAUCCACAGCACCCAAAACUCAUGUGUGUAACUACGGUAAAUAAAACGUAACUUUUAAUAUACCAUUAAAAUUGAUUUCCUGUAUUUACAAUAAAAAAUUGGUUAACAGCAGGAGGACUGAUUGGACAGGGUAAGUGGGUUCUUUAGGUUGUAAGCUAUUGUGGCUAUAUGGUAGAUAAGUGCUACCAGCCAUGCUUAGUGUAUAGCAAAUUCAAAAUCCCCCAAUUGAAGGAUUUCACUCCCCGUGCCAACCCCUUCACCCACUUCGAGAUCCCUCCCAUAGAGUGGUGAUCUAAGCGCACUCGAUCAGUUGAUGCCAGUGAUUCAAUCUGAAGGAUAACACUCCCCGUGCCAACCCCUUCACCCACUUCAAGAUCCCUCCCAUAGAGUGGUGAUCUAGGCGCACUCGAUCAGUUGAUACCUGUGAUUGAAUCCCACCUUGUAUCACAGCGCUUAACAACCAUGCAGUGUACCUUAGGCACAUCAAAAUACUGCUGCUGAAAAUGUUCCUCGGAUCUUGAAGAGCCACCAAGGCCUUUGACAAAGCCCGCAAUUUGGUGGGUGAAAUGCGCGUCAGGCGCUAUUUUAGCGACUGGUUAGGUAGGACUAUGGAUAGGGACCUAGAAGGACAAACUGAACGGAUCGGGUGGGAACUUGAUGUGGGUGAAGGGGUUGGUGGCUCUCGGUGGAUCCGAGGAACAUUUUCAGCAGCAGUGUUUUAAUGUGCCUAAGGCACACUGCAUGGUUGUUAAGCGCUGUGAUACAACGUGGAUCACUGGUAUCAACUGAUCGAGUGCGCCUAGAUCACCAAUCUAUGGGAGGGAUCUCGAAGUGGGUGAAGGCACGGGGAGUGAAAUCCUUCAGUUGGUGUGAUCAGCGUCUAUCACUGGGGAAUUUGGACUUUGCUAUACGCUAAGCGUGGCUGGUAGCACUUAUCUACCAUAUAGCCGCAAAAGCUUACAACCUAAAGAACCCACUUAAUCAGGUCAAUCAGUCCUCCUGUUGUUAACCAAUUUUUAAUUGUAAAUACUGGACAUCGAUUUUAAUGGUAUAUUAAGUUACGUUUUAUUUAUUUACACACAUGAGUUUUGGGUGCUGUGGUUGGGAAGGUGCAGAUCUAUGGGUCAGUUCUCUUUCUUUUCGCCUGUGCUGUUGUCAACCAGUUCACUGUUCUUUAAAACAAUGUUUUCUUUCAGGAAAGAAGCUGUUCCUUUUUAAUAAAAGCUUCAGCCUUGGU